AUGCAUAUCAAGACCUUAACGAUUCAAGGGUUCAGGUCGUAUCGUGAUCAGACGCAGAUUGAACCGUUCUCACCGAAACAUAAUGUUGUUGUCGGUAGGAAUGGGUCUGGGAAGAGUAACUUCUUUGCGGCCAUCCGAUUCGUGCUCUCAGAUGCAUAUACCUCCAUGAGCAGAGAAGAGCGGGCAGCACUGCUCCACGAAGGUGUCUCCACGCAGAACACAAUGUCAGCCUAUGUUGAAAUUGUCUUCGAUAAUACCGACAAUCGUUUCCCAACGGGGAAAGAUGAGCUGGUGUUACGACGCACAAUCGGCCAGAAGAAGGACGAAUACAGUUUAGACAAGAAGAGCGCAAGCAAAGCCGACGUCAUGAACCUUCUUGAGAGUGCCGGGUUCAGCAAAUCGAACCCAUACUAUAUCGUCCCCCAAGGCCGUAUCACCGCCCUGACUAAUGCGAAAGACCACGAACGUCUCGCUCUUCUCAAAGAAGUGGCCGGCACCAAAGUCUAUGAACAACGCCGUACCGAAUCCCUCCGCAUCAUGUCCGAGACCGAGGCCAAGCGGUCCAAGAUCAGCGAGCUGCUCGAUUACAUCGACACGCGUCUUACAGAGCUCGAGGAGGAGAAGGAGGAGCUGAAAGAGUUCCAGGAGAAGGACAAGGAUAGGCGGUGUUUGGAGUAUGCGCUUUAUCAGAGGGAGUUGGAGGAAGUUGCGGCUGCGUUGGAGGAGAUUGAGGAGGAGAGGAGGGGCGAGGUUCAUGGUGCGAAUGUGAGGAGAGAACAGUUUGCUGAUCGGGAGCAGAGGAUACAGGGCCUUGAGAAGACGAUCUCCGAAUCGAAACAUUCCCUGAGCACGCUCAAACUCACGCAACACGGCUCAGCCAGCGAACUAAAUGACCUCGUCCGCACACGCACCGAACUCGAAUGCCUUGUCACCGAUCUCCGUGCCGCAGACCAACGCGCCGGCGGCCAACGCACCACUCUCCAGUCCGAACUCACGCACAUCGAAGAAUCCAUCGCUUCCAAAGAAUCCGACCUCGCUGCCCUUCAACCACGUUGGGAGGCACACCGUGCUCAGGAAGCAGAACAGCGUAGGGCGUUGGACGAGGCGAGGGGGAGAUUGCAGGCUUUGCAUUCGAAGAGGGGGAGGUUGGAUAGGUUUAGGACGAGAGCUGAGAGGGAUCGGUUUUUGCAGCAGGAGAUAGCGUCCAUCGAGGCGCAUAGGACUGUCCAGGGAAAGGCGUUGCAGACCACGAAACAGGAACUCGAGGUAGCGAAGACGGGGUUGAGAGAAGUGGAGGAGCAGUUGAAGGGGUUGGAGGAGAAGGGCGAGGAUUCGAGGGUGAGGGUAAGGGAAUUGAUGGAUGAGAUGGGAAAGGCGCAGGAGGAGAGUGUGAUGCUGAAGGAAAAGAGGAAGGAUCUGUGGAGGGAAGAUGCGAAAUUGGAGACCAGCAAGACGCAUGCGAGGGAUGAGUUGAGGACGGCAGAAAGGACGCUGGCGAGUAUGAUGGAUAAGGAUACGGGCAUGGGUCUGAAGGCUGUGGAUAGCAUCGCUGCCCGACACCAGCUCGACGGCGUGUAUGGUCCUCUCUACCGACUUUUUGAAAUCACAGACCAGAAGUUCAACAUCGCCAUCGAGCUCACCGCCGGUAAUAGUCUCUUCCACGUCGUAGUCGAUAAUGACGCCACCGCUCAACGCGUCCUCGACGUCAUGCUUUCCGAAAAGACUGGUCGUGUCACCUUCAUGCCCCUCAACCGUCUCAAAGCGAAGAACCCGGAAGCGCCCAACGCCUCCGAUGCUAUCCCUCUCCUCUCCAAACUCAAAUACUCCAAUACACACAGCAAAGCGCUCCAACAGGUGUUCGGCAAGACGUGCGUGUGCAAGGACUUGAACGUCGCGGCUGCGUACGUGAAGUCGCAUGGGAUCAAUACCAUCACGUUGGAUGGAGAUAAAGUGGAUAGGAAGGGAGCAUUGACUGGUGGGUAUCAUGAUGUGAGGAGAUCGAGGAUUGAGGCUAUCAAGAGCGUGACGAGUUGGAGGGCGAAGUUUGAAGGGGAGGAGAAGAGGAGUAAGGAGGUCAAGGAUGAGACGAUUAGGUUGGAUCAGGAGAUUACAAGGCUCUCGGGGAGGAUACAGGUGCUUACGAAUCAGGUGAAUCAGGUGAAGGCUGGGAGGACAGGAGCAGCUGGGGAGGCGGAAACAUUGGGGAGAGAGAGGGAGAGACUAGAAGGCAGAGUUGCGAGGCUGGAGAAGGAGUUGGAGGAGUUGGAGAGUGAGAUUGCAGGGUUGGGGGCGAGGAUUGAAGGAUAUAGAGAGGAGAUUGGGGAGGAGAUGACGAACGGAUUGACGGACGAGGAGGAGGACAUGGUAGAUGAGUUGGAGAAGGAGGUAGAGAGGAAGCAGAAAGAGAUGGUGGAUUUAUCAAAGAAGAAAAAUGAACUUGGAAGUAGGAAGAAUCUCUUGAGCAUCGAGAUCAACGAUAACCUCCGGCGCCGACGAGAAGAACUACGUACUAAGAUCGAUGCUCUCGGCAAAUCUGAGACAGGCGACGCCAAUGCUGGUGCAGACCUCGACGCUCGUGAGCGAGAGUUACGAGCUCUCAACACUUCCAUUGACGCUCUCACCAGGCGCGUUCAAGAUAUGGAGGCCGAGCAGGAGAAGGUCUCAGCCACAUUGCAGAAAGCUCGCAAUGAUCUCGAGAGAGUACAGAACGAACAGGCCGAAGACAGUCGUGCGAUGGGCAAGCAACAGAAGAACACGGAGCGUUACAUGGCAAAGCGUCAACUCCUUAUUGGUCGGAAAGACGAGUGUAACCGUAACAUUCGUGAUCUUGGUGUCCUGCCUGAGGAAGCCUUCGAAAAGUACACACGUGAACGACUGGACAGACUUGUCAAGAAACUCCACACCGUCAACGAGGCUCUCAAGAAGUUCGCCCACGUCAACAAGAAAGCCUUCGAACAAUAUUCCAACUUCACGAAGCAGCGCGACCAGCUACUGAAACGACGAGAAGACCUCGAGAAGUCAGGAAAAUCUAUUGAGGAGCUCGUUGAGGUGCUUGAUCAGAGGAAAGACGAGGCGAUCGAGAGGACAUUCAAACAGGUGGCGAAGAAUUUUGAGGAUGUGUUCGAUAAGCUUGUUCCUGCGGGCAAGGGGAAAUUAAUUAUUCAGAAGAGGAUUGAUCAAGAUGAAGAUGAGGCAGACGAGGCUGAAGAUACGCAGCAAAGUACCAUCGAGAACUAUACCGGUGUGUCAAUCAAGGUCUCCUUCAAUUCGAAGGUUGAUGAAGGAUUGCGCAUCCAGCAAUUGUCCGGCGGACAGAAGUCCCUGGUGGCCCUUGCGCUCGUCUUCGCCAUCCAAAAGUGUGAUCCGGCGCCGUUCUAUCUCUUCGAUGAGAUUGACGCAAACCUCGAUGCCCAAUAUCGUACGGCUGUUGCAUCCAUGAUCCAGACCUUGUCUUCUGAAGGUCCCGCACAAUUCAUCACAACCACCUUCCGACCAGAGAUGCUGGUUACUGCCGACAAAUUCUACGGUGUAUUGUUCAAUAACCAGAAGGUCAGCUCUAUCCGGUCGAUCAAGCGGGAGGAGGCGAUGGAGUUCGUGGACCAGGAGGCCCAGGCCCAGUAGCCAGAAACCUGCGAGAUAUCCAUAUGCCACGUCGUUGUUUAUUUUUUUGGUCUCCUUUCGCUUCUCGUUGCCUCACGCUCUGCAUUGCUGUUGUACCUCUGUAACUUCUGCUUACGAUCUUU